CUUUCUCUGCAAGGCAACCGGCGGCAGAUUGAAGAACAGAUACCUGGUCCAGAAUCCAGAUACCCACCCUCCUCCUUCCUCUGCAAGCCGGGGCAGAUUCCACCCACUCCGUACAGCAGUAUUCCCUCGCCCACCGCCGAUCGGACAGCGAGAGCGAGAGCGAGAGCGAGAUGCCGACGCUGACGAAGCUGUACAGCAUGAAGGAGGCCGCCCUCCACAACACCCCGGACGACUGCUGGAUCGUCGUCGACGGCAAGAUUUAUGAUGUGACCGCAUAUUUGGAUGACCAUCCUGGGGGUGCUGAUGUUCUGCUUGCCGUGACUGGUAUGGAUGGCACCGAGGAAUUUGAAGAUGCAGGCCACAGCAAGGAUGCCAAGGAGCUGAUGAAGGAUUACUUCAUUGGGGAGUUGGACUUGGACGAAACACCUGACAUGCCUGAGAUGGAGGUUUUCAGGAAAGAGCAGGACAUGGACUUUGCCAGCAAGCUGGUAGCCUAUGCGGCGCAGUACUGGGCCGUUCCCGUAGCAGCAGUCGGGAUAUCAGCCGUUGUUGCCAUAUUGUAUGCACGAAAGAAGUGAUGAUCGGUUAUAGGUUGAUUGAAUGACCAUUUUGGGGUAACCAACCCAUUUAUAGCUGAUUAUGGAUGGAGAGAUUAUGUACUUCUGUCCAAAGGCAAAGACACAUUGCUGUAUUGAGCCAUUAGGUACUUGAGUCAAAUAUUUGUCAACAAAAUUUGCGCUACUAUUUUAUCAUUGCCAUUCAAUGGAUGGAUUCAUUACAAAACCUGAA